UGUUUACACCAAAAACGUGGGUUUCCCUCAACUUCAGGAAAGAUUUCGAGCAUAAUAAUUAAAUGACUACCCAUUAAUAUCGGUUUCAACUCUAUAUCAACAUGGGUAAAAAACGCCCCGGCGAAAUCUCGGCAGAGUCCGACGUUCCGGUGAAAAAGGAGAAACCUGCUGAGUUCAAUGGGACUGUUUUCAAAACCAUGCUGAAGAGUCCCACCACAGCCAUGAAGGGACUGCGGAGAUUCAUAUCAAUUGCGAGGAAGCUGCCAUGCUCUGACGUGUAUGACGUGGUCGAGGGUUACAUCAAAAUAUCAAUGGAGUGUGCCGAAAUACUCAAAUUGCUAGAAGGAGAAAAGCACCUAGAAAGUGAGAUGAUGCUGAUUUUUGAGAGCUUGGAAGUGGUUUUGCUGAGGACAGCCAGCGACCUCUCCCACUUCAACAUGGUUGGCAAUGCAGUCGUGAAAAAGAUUCUUUCUGGUUGCAUGAAACAUCUGCAAGGGUCUUUGCACUCUGCGAAUCACAGGUUUGUCCGCCAGUGCCUCAACCUGCUAUCUGCCAUGGUGUCCCAGCGGGAGGAGGCUGCUCGAGAGGUCUGGAGUCACAUUCACAUUAAAACUCUAACUGGACUCGCAAAGAGAAAGGAUAAAAAGGGUGGACCUGAUGUGCGCCUGGCUUUUAUCCAGUUUGUGCUGUCCUUUUUGGUGUCUGGAGAUGGUGCAACCAUUGGACACAUAUUAGAGGUUAAAGAACUUCUCCCUCACAUCUUGAGUACCGGUCUAAAGGAGGACAGGAUGUCCACAGUCAAUCUGAUUUUGUCCACACUGAAAACUAAAGUUGUAAUUAACAAAGCUAUUAGUAAAACACAGAAAGUGCGCUUCUUCACGCCAGCUGUAUUGGCCAGCAUCGCAUCUCUGUACAAAUGGAGUGGGAUAGCAGAUGCGACCACUGAUGAUGAUGAAGAAUACUCAGAUUCAGCUGGGACAUCAGUCGUCCGCGACCUAGUUCACAGAUUUCUCCUCGACCUUUGUUGCUCCCGCAAGCAUGGUAUCAGCUUUCAUGAUGCCAGCUUUGGCACCGCUGGAAGAGCUGGCAACAUUGUCUUGCUUCAGUUCUUGGCUGGGCUCAAGCAGGCCACGGAGGAUGAAUUGGUGGCGGAGCUGGUGGUGAAUGUGCUGAAAGCCAGCCCCGAUAUCCUGUCCAGGUACUUCAAGGAGACUCAGUAUUCGUACUCCCCACGCAUCAGAAGUGCUUGGCAAGACAAUGUCAAGCUACUCAAAAAGAUCUACGAGGCCCAGCCAGAUAUCGCCACGAUCUUUCAAACUCGGGAGACAAUCCCUCUGCCUCGCCUGCUCUCCAUGAUCAUGGUCGUAUCACUGCCUCCAGUCUGCAACAAGGCCUUCUUCACGCAGGGCCUCAAUCUUGCCAACUCGACAGUGCAGCUUACAACUGCGUCAAUGAUGACUUUCAUCUUGAAAAAAGCCAAUAAGAACAUGGAGCAUCUUUUGGACAAGUCCGUGUGGCGCAGGUCUGACGUGUACGCUGCCGACGCCAUGGAGGAGCUGGUGCAGCAAUACAGGGAAACGCUCGGCAAGAUUUUGCCCGACAUGACGGGGAUAGUUUCAACAUGGCAGUCACUGAGCAAGAAGGAAAAAGCUAAUGAUGAUGACAAAAAGACCAAAAGUGAGGGGAGUGACGAGGUGACGGAUAAAAACAAUGAGCUGGCAGUUGCGGAAACAGCGGAGGCGAUUCUGCUGAAGGCUCUGAUUCUUCAGGUCAUAUCUCUCUACCAGAAAGUGGUGCCACAUCUGGUCAAUCAAAGCAAAUUUGACUUCAGCAAGCUCCUAAAAGGCGCCGUCUCAGAGAAAGGAAUGAGGGAAGAAGUCCCCCCGGUCCUGCAGUAUCAGAUCCUGCAGUUGGCUUUAGAUCUUCCUGCGAGCAAAUUUUCCUGGUUCCGCAUUCAGGAUGUAGACACAGAAUCGGCAUCUGGAGAGAAGUCGGUGCUUUACCUGCUUCUCAAGAUGUUUGUUAGCAGCAGCAGCACCCACCUGGGAUCCUCCAUGAAGAAACUAGUUUUAAAAGUGCUUAAGGACACCGGGGUGUUUGAGUAUACGUUGACUGAGCUUGAUCUCUGGCUUAAUCGGCUUGCCGAGCUGGAUCAAAGCCAGCAGGAGACCGUUAUCAAGUUCCUGGAAAGGGUGUUGGUUAAACUGGUGUGCAAUUCCCACGAAUACACGGAUAAAGUCGCCAGCCUCGUCCAGGAGGCAGCUUAUCUGCAAGCCAACCUGAGCAACCAGGAAGGCGACACCGCCAGCAUCCCAGUCUCACACAUAGAUGAUGUCUUGGACAUGCUGGAUGUGAUUAUGGAGGGGAACGAUGGUGAGAUGGAGGAGUUUGGACCAUCUCUGACUGAAGACCUCAUCAUCCAAACCUUUCCCUUCAGCGCGGUGAUCCCUGCUGCUCUGGUCGCUCGAAACAAACUGCAAGCGGACAAGGAUCAAACAAAUGGGAUGGUGUGUGAAUACUUGUCUGCCGUGCUCUCGGAUGUGCUGCACUGCCAGCGGGAGCCGCUGCCCCUCUGUCUGGCUUUACUGCAGUACGAUAAGGAGCUCGUGUCCUCCGGACUCCCCACUUCCACUCAUCCAUCCGUCAUAUCCUUCCAUCAUUAUUACUCAAGAUGGUUACCACAGCAGUCCCGUGAGGAACUGUUCAAGUCUUCUGAACGGCCCUCUCAGGAAUCGCCAGCCCCCGCCUCAUACUCUGCACUAAUGAAGGCUGCAUACAUCCAAGGACCCGGCGCUCUGCUCGAGGAAACCUUCAGGAGAAAUGCUGGAGAGGCUCUCGGCUCCAUGUCACUGGCCGAGUUUCCAGUCGCAGUCCAGCAGACGUUGCUUUACAUCAAAUCUACAGUGGAAAACUUUGGCACGUUUUCCAAAACUACCGGAACUGCUCUCCUGAGGACUCAGAUGGAAAUACUCCAGGAUAUAGUGGCUAAACUUCAAAGCUUUGAGGAGACUGAAACCGCUGAGCCAGAACCGGAGAAACCCCAGGAAGGAUCAGACCUCUUUGUGGAAGUCAACCGAUCCCCGGAAGCUGAAGCCAAAAAGGAGCAGGUCCUGGUUGCAGCUCUGAGCUCCAUCUUCAAGCACCCGUGCUUGGAGCAGUGGUUCUUGGCUCUGGAGCUGUCUGCAUUGCCCCCACACUCGCUGAACCCUGUCGGACUAAAGCGGCUGUCUUCUCAGCUGACCGAUAACAUUCUGGCCCUGCUGAAGAUCGGGGCUCCCGCUCUUCACGAGCUGGGUCGCCCGGAGCUUCUCUGUAACUACACGAGGGCUCUAGAACGGGCCGCUCUCAAAGAACUGAAGGAGAGCGGUUCUCAGCCAGCAGAGACACACUCCAAGACCUUUCAGGCUCUCCUGUCUCUGCACAGAUACAUGGACCCCAGCGAUCUGAGGGGAGUGGUCUCCAGGUUGCUGCUUCUUUCUCACGACCUCCUCGUCUGUCCCAGCAGCAGCAGCGGGACGCAACCCGAGCUCAGCAGUUACGGCCGCGCAGCGCUGCAGAUCUUAACCGAGGGGAAAUGCACGUCUCGCCAGGACUACGACACCUUUCUGACACACGCUCACCUCCGCGGCCUGGGCACCCUUUUACUGUCCUGCUCCAGCCCCGAGCUGGAGGCCUUCCUCCUGCAGACUCUCUCCAGCGAGCCGGGCAGCGCCAACCUCAUCCACACAGACGUGCUGCUGCACUGUCUCCAGCGGCCUCUCCCGGACUCUCUGGCCAUCGGCUCUCUGCUGCUGCAGAACUGCUCCGCUCACCGCCUCCGCUUUGAGCUGUGGUGUCUGGAAGCCACAAACAUGGGAACGCUGUCAGACGAGACGGAGGCCUUCCUUCCGUUGAUUAGCUCCUAUUUACAGGUCGCACGUAGAGAAGACCCGGCGAGACCCGGAGAUGUGCAAAAAGGAGUUUUGAAAGCCUUCAAGCAAGCCCUGCUGGCCAGGUUGUCGGAGUGUGUUCUGGGGAACCAGACGGAUGUCUCCGGAGCCUGCCUGGCAGAGACCGUCGCCAGUCUCAUCACACUCUCUGCAGAUAUCAAGGACAUCAGGGAUUUAAGCAACAAACUCCCCAAUGCUCUUCAAAGUGUAGAGAGUUUCGAAAGAUGGCAGCUGGUAGACGUUAUUACAGAGAAACUUGCUGAUUCCCCCGAGGAGCAAGACACGUGGAGGAGAUCUGUGGCUGGAGCUGCUGUUAAAUUCCUAACGGCUUCAUUCUGCCACUCCAAAGAUCAGGCUGCCCCCCCGUCAGAGCCGGAGCAGAGCAUCUUGAAGAGGCUCCAUCGGCUCAUUACAUCAGCUGAUGACAUCCCUGCAUCCGACUGGAACAGUUUUGUCAGAAAUGGACUGAAGUGUCGCUACAGAGAUCACCAUUUCUUGAACACUUUAAGUCAUCUUUUGGAAGUUAUAUAUGAUGACGGUGAAGUCCGGAAAGAUCUGAUACCGUUAUCCACCCUUCACAUGAUGACCAGCAGCCAUUCCCAGUUCCUGGACACCAUGCUGGAGUCCAACGAAGAGCAGAGCAGGGCUCAAGCUAAAGAGGCUUUAGUGUCUCUUCUGCUGUUUCUGGUGAAGAAGUGUCCGGCGGUCUGUAACACCAGUCACUUUGUUGUACUUUUGGGAGCAUAUGGAGCUACUUUGUGCACUUCAGAUCAAAAGCUGCUACUACUACUUCAGGAAUAUGAGAGAAACAACGUCAGCCUGUUGAAGUUCCAAUCAUUUUUGUGGGGCCCUGCGGCCGUGGAGCACUAUAAAACCAGGAAAAGCCUGGGAGCUUCUCUGUGGAAGCAGGCGAGCUCAGACGACGUCCUGGCCCUGCUGAAAGCCGACACGAUGCUCCAAACCAUUUCACACUUCCCACAGCAGCGCACACUCAUCCUGCAGAAUGAUACAGAGCAGCUGUACAGUAAUAAUGCAGUGAAGGACCUUGGGAAUUUGUAUGAUCCAUGUUUUCUCCUGCCUCUCUACAGCGCUAUACUGAGUCCAGAGUGCGUUGUCGACUGUCUCAAGUUUGUGUCGACGCACGCUCUCGGAGUAACGGUCAUGGCUCUGAGCAGCUAUGACCCAAACGUGAGAGCAGCAGCCUACUAUGUCCUGAGCUGCUUUUAUCAACACCUGGAGGGAGCCCGUGUCAGAGAGAAGAGACAGCUGCUGUACGUGAUGGACAUGGUCAAGAAUGGGAUGCAACAGCAGAAUCAAAGACUUCCAUUUGUUCUGACCACAUACAUCACCAAAGUGGCUCAGCAGAUGCUCAAACCUGAGGAUCACAUGUACAUGGUGUUAAACAGAUUCCUGCUGUCCCACCAGAGUUUGGAUUUCAGAAGAGUCCCUGAUUUCUUCAAGCUGUUUUAUGGCUUUGAGUUAGAGCACAAGAUGGAGCGUGAGUGGAUCCUUAAUGUCUUACAAGAAGGGAUAACUGAUGGGUACUGCUAUGAACUGUGCAACCAACAAGGCAUCUUCCAGGUCCUUUUAGUGUUCAGCAGCAGCCCCCUGUGUGACGAUCACUUCCAGGUGCAGGUCGUCAGAGUUUUGUGUCAGGCUUCCCGUGUGACAAAAGCGGCUCACAACCUCACGAAGAGCUGCGGCCUCCUGACUUGGAUAAUACAAGUAGUUGAAAAAAGGAAUCUAAACCAGCAGCUUCUAUGUGCCGUCAUCGAGCUGCUCCACGCGCUGUGGUUUACUAACCUCGGUCAGAAGGACAAGACGGUAGAGGAAACCAUCACCACCUCAUCUGCUAAAGGGGGGGAACCAGGAGGCUCGGUGAAAUGUCUCCCGCUCCCACUCAUCAGUGAUUUCCUGUGUGCGGCAUUAGCCGUCAGCAGACGCCUGAGGUUGGGUGUGAAGGCCACUCAGCUCAGCUUGUUUGUGCAGACGCUUUGCUCUGUGCUGAGGCAGCGUGGAACAGCUCUCAGUGCAAACAAACAAGCUGACCGCCUCACGCUGCACCCACAGCCACUAUCGUGCUCCGAAGCCCUGGCUCUGCUCCUCUGCUGGGCCUCCCUGUCCGGCACCACAGCCCUCCUCACUCAAAUACAAGCCUUGUCUGAAAAGCACAAAGUGAAGGAAUUGAUGGGGAUGGGGAAGGAUAAGGUUCGAGGUAAGGGCUCUACCUCCCACGCCCGUAUACAAGAAGAGAACCCAGCAGAGGACAUGCAGAGGGAGAAACAAGACCAGGGUCUCCUGGCAGAGUGUAAAUCUCACCUCAGCAGCAUCUUUGUUCACUGGGAGCCUGUGUUCCACCUCUCACAAUCCCAGUCGGCUCAGCCAAAAGAUAAGCCGGAUCCCAGUGAGUUGGACAGCGAUACUGCACACCUGCUCACUAAGUGGUCUCUGAGGUGGCUCUUGGAGGACGAGUACGAGGAAAGGAGAGCAAAGGAAUUUUUGCUCUGGAUUGAAAAGGCUGUGAUAAAACACAGGAAGAUCGGGAAUGCCUUGACGCUCGAUCCGAGCUUGAAAGCAGAUCUACUCCGGCUUUACCAUCGCACCUUCGAAGCUCAGUGCCAUGCAGAAACCAUCCAGCUUUUUACCAACAUUAUGAUCCGCUUACUAGAGAUGCAAGGCCACCUGACAGAGCUCCAUCGGGCAGUUGUCUCUGCCUGCUCUCCAGAACCUGCUCAUGAUCCGUCCAGACUUGAAGCUGGACUGUUUCUGUUGAAUCUGCUGGUUCAUGAGUUGUGGAGUGGAGCAACUUCAGCAGAACUUUUUACGUCUCACAUCCAUUUGGUGACCGAAACAAAGAGCAAACGAGCGAAAGCAUCCAAGUCGUCAAAGACUCAGACAGCCAUCAGGGCCCUCUGUGAUGACAUCAUCAGCAUGACGAGUUAGACGAAAUAUCACAGUAGUUUCUUGAGGCCCAUCAGAUGUCACAAGUUUACAUUUUACUUUGUUUUGUUGUUUAUCUCUGAAGUAAGUCAAGAUAUUUUGUAAAGUUUUGUAGAACAAUUUUGUGAUAAACAAAAAUAUCCAAAUCUA